UGCCAUUACCACUGCCAUUGCCAUUGCCCGCGUUCUAUCUGUCUGUCUGUCUGUCUGUCAGUUUGGUAAGGGGAGGAGGACCUGACCAUACCUCCGUACAGUACAUGUAAAUACAUGUUUCCUUUGUGUCUCUCACCCCAGUUAAGUUAAGUUAAGUUACCUAGGUACGGAUCUGUCCAUCCAGUCCUUGCCCUUGCCCUUGCCCUUGCCCUUGCCCUUCUCUGUUGGCGCCGCCAUGUUGGACGGACAGCAUGAGCCCGGGCAUCCAUGAUCCACGCUUUUUCUUGCGGAUGGAUGAUCUCGUUGUCUCGAUGUCUCUUUCUCCUUCUCCAUCUGCGUCCUGAUCCAACUUCAAAGCCAUACCUAAAACCAGCAGGGCUAGUCUAACCCAGCAGCACGCGGCAGCCCGGAUCCCAAAGAGCGCCUACAGCCGCUCUUCUCUCUUUCUGACAUCUUCCGCUUUUCUCAUGAAUAUGCUCCCGUUGCUCUCACUUGCAAAACUCGAUUCUCUUGUACUUCGAAUUUGAGCAGACGUGAUUUUGGAGAACAUGCGCUGUGGAGGUUGCUGGUCAACUCAACUUUCUGUAACUUUCCAAAAUGGCUGAAGGUACUCCCGCCGCCAUGAAUUAUCUUCAGAGGAGGAUGGACCAUAUGAGCAUGUCCUCAAGUCCCAUGUUCAGAACCUUUGAUUCAAAACUUGCCCGCACAUAUUGGUAUAUCAUUGCCGGUAUCCUGGGCUUCAUCCUAUUGUUGAGAGCGGUGGAUUACUACCAGACUUGGAGCAGGUCAGUCAACUCGUUAUCUCUACAUCAGAGCGCAAAGUGAGAAGGGAACGGUGCUGUCGAGCCAGAUCUAAUCAAAACAUUCGCACAGAUUAAGAAUAUGUCGAACGAGGAAAUCGACAAAAUACCCAACGAAGGUCAACAACCUUCCAAUGCAAGCUUACGCAACAGCAACAGCCAUUUUACGCGAGUCGAGCUAUCCCCAACUACACAUCAGCAACAAGUGGUUUUCAUGGCUGAGCCCACCUCCUCUUGGACGGGUGCUUGUCUUAUGUUUCUACUGGGCCGUCGUGGCGUACAUGAUGACCUACAAAGCGAUAUUCAACGACGCGAACUACUACGAAAGGAUAGGGUUCAGGAAUGGGUGGAUUGCCGUGACGCAGGUUCCUUUAGUCUACCUCCUAGCAACAAAAUCGAGCGUCAUCGGUCACAUCAUUGGCAGCUCACAUGAACGCUUGAACUGGCUCCACCGAUGGGUUUCGAGGACUCUUCUACUCACCGUCACGAUUCAUGGCGGCUUCUUUGUGCGUCAAUAUGUUAGAGCCGAUUUCUUGGCUUUGGAGUUGGAGCUGAUGCCUAUGGUGAAAUACGGGAUUGGGGCCUGGUUUGUCCUUGUUUGGACGUUCCUGUCCUCGCUCUCUCCGUUACGUCGAUUGGCGUAUGAAUUCUUCGUACUGCAACAUAUCGCUGCAGCAGGAGUAUUCCUCUGGCUUCUUCAUGUCCACGUUCCAGCAUACGCUCAAUACAAUGUAUGGCUCGCCGUUGCCGCCAUAUCUUCCGAUUGGAUAUUGCGAGGAAUCUUGAUGAUCUGGAAGAACCUCCGAUAUCAAUUUAGAAAGGCGAGUGACAGAACUCGACGUAUUGGACAUGAGAUUGAGGUUGAAGCGAUCUCUAACGACCUGACCGUCGUCACCAUUAAGGACGUCCACAUGACCUGGAUGCCAGGUCAGCAUCUAUAUCUCUGGUUACCGUACCUUGGACCACUUGAAUCCCACCCAUUCACAAUUGCCAGUCCGUACACGACGAAGGCAGAAUGUCAUUGCAAUGACGUUCAACUUGCGAUCCGAGCACACUCCGGAUUCUCCAAACGAAUACAUAGUUAUGCGAAGAAGACCCAAGGAGCCUCGAACAGUUCCUUGACAGGAUUCAUUGCUGGUCCAUACGGAGCACCGCCCAGAUGGGAAGCUUUUGAGACUUUGAUCUUGAUCUCCGCAUCAACAGGAGCUUCCUUCACGCUACCGAUUCUCGAAAGCCUUCUCGCCUCUCCAUCUACCAUUUGCACGCAACGAAUAUUCUUCCUGCUGGUCGUCAGGGAGCGAACUCAUUGCCAGUAUUAUGAGAAUCGUCUGUCCAAAGCACUAGCUCAGGCAGAAGCCCGAGGAAUCCACUUAGAUGUCGAAAUCGCCAUCACAGGUAGAGCUUCAUCUCUGGCUGAAAGCAAGAGUGACAAGCUUGAACCCGCUGACGAGACUCAAGUGAACGAGCAGCGACAGACAACGAGCGAGGACAUUGAAGCGGUCAACGAAAAAAAGGAUGAGCCGUACAUUUUAGUCAAGAGCGACUCCACAUCGGCGUCGAGUUUGUCAAAACCGUCAUCAUCACAGGCUGGAGAAGCUGAGAAAAUCUGUUGCGGUUGCAGUGACGACGCUGGACCAUGCUGCUGCGCUGGACCAAGUGCACCACCCAUCAAACAGAUCGUCUACUCAUACGCCCGGCCAAGCAUUGCGGAUUUCAUCCGAGGACCUGUGGAAAUAACUGGAGGAGAGACCUCAGUUGCUGUUUGUGGUGGGAAGUCGCUUGUAGCUUCUGUGAGAAAUUCUGUCGCCAAGUUGUCCGACGAGAGAGCUGUACAUAAAGGCACUGGAGCGCAGGGGAUACAUCUCCAUGUGGAGGAAUAUUGUUUCUAA